UUGCUUUUGCCCGCCUAACCCACAUUAGCAGCCAGGCUGCAAAACUCACUCCACUUCGUGUGUGUGUACGUUCAAAGACUCACGAAGUUUACCGUUUUGUGCGGGUGUUGGUGGUAUUUGGUGUCUGCGUUGCAUAAUACGCUGUUGUGCACUUGAAGCUGCAAGGACGAUUUGCUGACCACCAGAUGAUGUUUCGGAUGGGAGAGGGACCGCCUGAUUUAACGAAGAUGGCGAUGUUAACAAUUCUCAUUUUCAUCGGAGCAGUUUCAGCAAUUCAAUUCGAGGCACCUAUAGAAUUUGGAGUAGGUUCGGGAGGAGACUGUGCACUUGUUGUGAACGGUGCCGGAAGGAGCAGUCAAUUUGAUUACUCCCUCAAUUUAUUGAGGGGCACCCCUCACAAUUACAACGCUGGUGGAACUUGUAUCACCUAUGACGCAGUGAAUGCUGCUUAUUUGGAUGCGAGGAAAAGAAUAAGAGUGGCACAACCACAUGACCAUUGGAAGCCUGAAGAUGUUGCAACAGUUGGAGAACUCCUUCUGGAUAUUUCCAUAAAUCUUGCAAGAACGUACGGUCUCACAUAUGAAGAAAUCGAAAAAGGUUUACCCCUGAUCGAUACCUCCAAAACCCUGAUUAGAGAAGUGUGUCCUCCAUUUUUGUCGAAUGUGGAAUGUAGAGCUGGUAAAUACCGACGAUUAGAUGGUCUGUGUACUAACUUGGAGCAUCCAACAUGGGGUUCUAUCAAUACUCCAUUCACGAGAUUAUUGGGACCUUUAUUCGCUGAUGGCAUGAAUGCACCACGUAUCUCUGUAAAGGGCCAUGAUCUGCCACCUUCAAGAGUUGUAUCGAGGACCAUGCACCCUGACGAUGGUUUCCACGAUCAUGCUGGAACUGUUAUGAUUAUUGCUUGGGGUCAAUUCAUGGAUCACGAUUAUACAUUGACCGCCACUCCCUUAGAUCCUAGAAACAGAAACGAUCCUGAAGAAUGCUGCAACCGUCCCCCGCAUUUAAAGCACCCUUACUGUAAUGAAAUAAGAAUACCAGAAGACGAUUACUUCUACAGGCUGUUUGGCGUUAAAUGCAUUGAUUUCGUAAGAGGAUUCCCUGCAGCUAGACCUGGAUGUAGACUAGGUUCUAGGGUACCCUUCAAUACGCUCACUGGAGUUCUUGAUGCUAACACUGUCUAUGGUAAAACUGACUACGAAGCAAGGAAACUACGAGAAGGAUUCGGUGGUCUGUUAAGGAUGAAUCCAGCUUUCAGGGAAUACGGUUUGAAAGAUUUACUGCCUCUAAAAUUGGAUGUGCCAGAUGAAGGAUGCACCAGACCUAACAGUUCCAUGUUUUGUUUUGAAGCAGGGGAAAUUCGUGUCAAUGAGCAAUUGGUCUUGACCUGCAUGCACACUUUGAUGGCAAGAGAACAUAACAGAUUGGCUAAAGGGCUAGCCCAAGUAAAUCCCCAUUGGGACGAUGAAACUCUAUUCCAAGAAGCAAGAAGGAUCAAUAUCGCCAUUGUUCAACACAUCACUUACAAUGAGUUCCUACCAAUUUUGCUUGGAAAAGACGUGAUGCAGAAGUUUGGCUUAUUGCUUCAAAAAGACGGUUACUGGGAUGGUUAUGAUCCAAAUGUAAACCCCAACGUUAUUGACGCUUUCGCAGCUGCAGCUUAUAGAUUUGGCCAUUCAUUAUUGCCAACAGCCGUCGAAAGAUGGAGCAAAGCUCACAAAUUCAUUGCCUCAAAACGACUCUCCGACCUCAUCCGUAGACCGUUCGACCUGUACCGUCCAGGUAUUUUCGACGAGUACAUAAUGGGUCUGAUGAAUCAAGUGGCGCAGGCUAUGGACGAUUCUAUCACUCAAGAAGUAACGAACCAUUUAUUCAAAAAGGUAGGAGCAAGGUUCGGCAUGGAUUUGGUCAGUUUCAACAUGCAGAGAGGUAGGGAGUUCGGUCUUCCUGGAUACAUGGAGUUCAGGAAAUUCUGCGGCCUUCCAGGAGCUGAAACUUUCGAGGAUUUGUUCGGAUCUAUGCCCAACGAGACAGUCAGGAAAUAUACUUCCAUUUUUGCGCAUCCAAGUGAUGUAGAUUUGUGGUCCGGUGGAGUAUCAGAAAGACCCCUCCCUGGCAGCAUGUUAGGGCCAACCUUCGCUUGUAUUAUCGCCACUCAAUUCAGUUACUCAAGGAGAGGAGACCGUUUCUGGUAUGAACUUCCAAAUCAACCAUCAUCUUUCACACCUGAACAACUUCAUGAAGUAAGAAAGGCUCGACUAGCUCGUAUCAUUUGCGACAACACAGAUUUGAUAGACAGCAUACAGCUUUAUCCAAUGGUGUUGCCAGACCAUGAGAUUAAUCCAAGAGUGCCCUGUAGAAGUGGAGUCAUCCCAAGUAUCGACUUAUCCAAGUGGGCUGAAUUCCCAAGUGGAGAUCAUUUCGGCAGCAGCUUUUUCGACCCACUAGUGGGGAAGUAAUAAGUCAGUGACAGUCAUGAAGUUUUAGAUAAUAAGUUGUACAGAUGCCAUUACUUUGUAUUACCC